AUGGAUCGCAGCUUGGAUGAGAUCAUCGCCGAAGACCCACGCAAACAGAACCGCCCCUCCGCCUCCGGUGGCCGACGCAAUCAAGGCCGUCGUCGCGACCGCAGCGAUGGCAUUAGAAAGGUACUUUCUGCUGGAAAGCCGAUCAUCGGCGAUCUCAACUCUCAAUUCUGGCCUAACCUCUCAUCUUUUCUUGCAACGCAACAGCCCCAAACGCAAGAGCGCUUCGACUUGAACCUGGACUGGGUACACGACAAGUAUGAGGAUGGUCGAGAUGCUCGUCCCGCUCGCAACUCGCGUCGAUCCCGCCGUUCAACCUCGCCCGAUCGUGGCGGUUCUAUGCUGACCAAGGUCCGCGUGGAAAACCUGCACUACGAUAUCAACGAGCAAGACCUUCAGGAUCUCUUUGGCCGAAUUGGCCCGGUUAACGACCUUUCCCUUCUCUACGACCGCGCUGGACGCUCCGAAGGUGUAGCCUUCGUCACAUACAAAUACCUCAAGGAUGCGCACGAGUCCGUUAAGGAAUACGAUGGCGCAAACGCUAAGGGGCACCCCAUCCGUCUGAGUCUUGUCUCCGGCCGCCGCGAACAAAAUAAGAGUCUUUUUGACCGUGUGGAGCGCCCCAAUGGACGGGAUGCUCGCAGCUUGAGUCCCGGUGGUGAUGAUGCAGAGGGUCGGAGACGCCGUGGCGGCGGCGGCCGUGGUCGUCGUAGCGAUGUUUCGAAGCCUGCUCCUGACAACAUUGAUCGCUAUAUUCCCGGUGAACGUGGUGAGCGUGGUGGUGAUCGAUCUCCCGCCCGCCGUGGUGGUGGUCGUCGCGGAGGCAGGGAUAACCGGGAUAACCGGGAUAACCGGGGUCGAAAUGAGAAUGGAGGAGGUCGUCGUCCAAGAAAGACACAGGAGGAGCUGGAUCAAGAGAUGGAGGAUUACUGGGGUGGAAAUGCUGGUACUGAGAAUGCCGAUCAGCAACCCGCUCAGGAAGCACAACAGACCGCUGCACCCGCUGAGCCUGCUCCUGUUCAGGCUGCUGCCCCGGCUGCGGCUGCUCACAACGACGAUGACAUCGAUAUGAUUGAGUGA